CGCGAAUCCUUCGAGCGAACAGCCAAACGUAGUGAAAAACACGGAUAUCUUCAAGUCAUCUCCAGGAUCUAGGAAUCCUCUGCACCUGUGACUGCUCUUUCAGGAGCAGGCAGAGCAGACCCAGUACCAAAACAACCGCAAUUCCCAAGUAGGAGAUCAAAAACAAAAGCCCAAAGAUGGUCUAUGAUAUGACCCAUAUGGCGGCGGGUCCGCCGCAGAGCAUUUCGCUGAGUCGCUACUACCUGCCCGAUGAGGAUGAGAUGGUGGGGCCGAAUAACCCGCAUCUGGUCAACGAGGACUAUGCGGCCAGUACGACCUUGGAUAUCGACAAGCGUUUCCAGGCGCGAAUGGCCUGCGAAACGGCGGCCCAACCGGCACCGCCACCGCCGCCCACGCCGGCACCACGUCGCCGGACCACGCCCAUUGCCCACCUGGAUCCCUCGGAACUGGUGGGUCUGUCCCGGGAGGAGCGACGUCGCAGGCGGAGGGCCACUUUGAAAUAUAGGACGGCCCAUGCGACGAGGGAGAGGAUCCGCGUGGAGGCCUUCAAUGUCUCCUUCGCCGAGCUGCGCAAGCUGCUGCCCACCUUGCCGCCAGACAAGAAGCUCUCCAAGAUCGAGAUCCUCAAGCUGGCCAUCUGCUACAUUGCCUAUCUGAAUCACGUGCUGGAGACCCCCUGAGACAGCGCCGGCGCCUCCAGCUUCGCCACCAGCUGCCUCUUCAACGAGGCCAACUUUUUCGCCCCCCCGUAGGAGGUGGGGGGGCGAUGCACCCGGGAUCAGGGGGCGUGGCCGGCAAGGUCAGCAGAAAAGGCUACGGGUAUCCUAUAUCAGAUGAACGUAUAACUUGGAAACCCCACACCUUACGCCCACUAAUCA